AUGGCUAGAACACGAGGUUUAGGUUAUGCUAUAGGUAGACUUAUUGGCAGAGAUAAACAUGAUCACCAUGAUGCAGCUGAUGUUCCCGAGAGGUGUAGGUCUACUGCCUCAGCCCGUAGGCAACGGGUUCAUCAGAUGACUGCGGAUGCACGUGAUAUGGUUAAGGAAGUUGCUGACAUGGUUGAGGAUGUCCCUGAUCUGGCUGAGGAGGCACCUGAGAUGCGUGCGGACGUACAGGGUGCUGAUGGUGCUGAGGGGUCAGAUGCUGAUGAUGUUGAGGGAUUCCCUAGUGGGCCACGUGACCCGUCAGUGCUGACAUCAUUUGCGGGCCAUGUUGCACACGCUUUUUGGAGUGGACAGGAACAUCCUGAUUUAAAUCCACUGAUCGAUUGUUCAGUUGUUACUGGCGAUCCUGGACUUAUAUCUGCAUUUGUGGAGAGGUGGCACAACGAGACCAGCACCUUCCACCUUCCGGUAGGAGAGUUGAUGAUCACAUUGGAUGAUGUGUCGUCACUCCUUCAUUUGCCUAUCACUGGCGCAUUGCACAGUUUUCAUGCUCUUUCUAUGGAGGAGACUAGAUUUUUGCUGAUAGAGUUGCUUGAGGUGUCUGCCGAGGAGGCUAGAGCCGAGACAACACUGACACGUGGGGCAUACGUACAACUAGGAUGGGUUCAAGACAUUUAUGAGAUGAGAUGUCAGGCCCGGCGGUGGAUUGUAGCAGCUCAUGCUUAUCUGGUGCACCUGGUCGAUUGCACUCUUUUUGCUAAUAAGAGUGCAACAUACGUGCAUGUUGUUCACCUAAAUGCUUUUCGUGACCUCGGUCAGAGUGGUGGUUAUGCUUGGGGAGUUGCCGCGCUGGUUCAUAUGUAUGACCAGUUAGAUGAGGCUUCUAGGAUCACCACACGACAGCUUGCGAGGUACCUGACUCUAUUACAGUGCGUGACAGAUGAUACAUACCGGGAGACGUCCCCACAUGCUUCCCGGUGGUUGACGUCGAAGGCACACAUGAAGGGAAUCACAGGAGCACCUUACAGGGCAUGUUGUGAUGCUUUGACCGUCACAGAUGUGUCCUGGUUGUCGUACACUAAGCAUCGGGGAGUUAGGGCCUUUGAGCUUAUUUCAUCAUUCCAGGGUCAGCUGAGAUGA